AUGUCAUCAUCAUUUCUGUCAAGCGAAGAUGAUACAACUGUUCCGGAUGCUAGAACGAACAAUUCGUCAUCACCGGAAAAAUCUUGCAAAGUUUGCGGUGAUCGUGCUAUUGGUUAUAAUUUCUCAGUGAUAACAUGUGAAUCAUGCAAAGCAUUUUUUCGACGCAAUGCUAAUCGACAAGAGUCUCUAAAAUGUCCAUUCAAUCAAAAAUGCGUUAUAAAUGUGUUGAAACGAAGAUUUUGUCAAUCAUGUCGAUUGCAACGCUGUUUUCAGGUAGGUAUGAAAUGGACAAUGCGAGAAGGUUAUCGGAAACAUCGAUUAUCGACAAUUCCAGAAAAUGAUGAAGAAAUUAAAAAAGUAUUUGAUCAAAUUGAUGAUGGUGAUGUUUCAGUACCAAAACACGUCCUUGUAGAACUUGUUAAAAAAUCAACUCUAAGACGUCUAACAACAUGCCAAUGUAAAUGCACCUGUGGAUUUUAUCCUUCGGAUACUAAAUUAACUGCUGCUGCAUCGUCAUUUACAGAGCAAAGAUUUCAGCCAUCUGAUGAAAUUACUGUUCCUUUUAAUUCGAUGAAUCAAUUUUCUCAAACAAGUCAAGAUAAUUUUUAUCCAGAGCGAGGAACAGACUAUCCGUUGGUAAUACCGAAUUGUUUGACGCCUAUAUCGCAAAUGCCAGCAUCUGUUCUACCGGAAAUGUCAACAGCAUGGAGCGGAAAUAUUCGUUUAGCAACAUCAACAAUAAUGCAACAAACGUACAUUUCAGAUGAUAGUUGCUUUUCUGUGGAUGCAUUUGAAAGAUUGUUUGCAGACGAUAAAUUACUACUUCAAGAAUUGGUUACCGCAAAUGAUAUUCUCAAACAACCAUUGGAUUUAUCUACAAAUCAGAGAUAUUCCAAUGAAUUAUCGCUUAUGGAUGUUGUCCGAAUGACUGAUUUGGCACUUCGACGAAUCAUCAGCAUGGCUAAAGAACUUACAUUUUUUAAAAGAUCGUGCAGUGAAUUGUUAAUAUUGCGAGGGGUUAUGGUAUUUGAUCAAAAAAAACAUGCGUGGAAUACGAGUGUGAUACAGGGUCCAGCUGAAUUAGAAAUUAAAUUAGAUAUACUAAAGAAUUCUAAGGAACUGAAGCAUUAUGAGGAACACAAGAGGUUUCUAACGACAUUUGGUGAGAAAUGGGGUAAAAAUGAAUAUAUUAUGUUAUUACUCAAUGCGAUAACAUUAUUUUCACCAUUUCGUACCAAUCUUCAAGACAUUCAAAAAUUGCAAAAAAUACGACAAAAAUAUUGUGAUGUUUUAAGAAGAUAUCUCGGCAAUCUUUAUGUGGCAUCUGAAGCGGAAAAAGCAUAUCAAGGAUUACUCAUGAAAUUAGGCGAAGAACUUCAUCAUUUAAGCAAUAGUUUGCUGCGUAUUUUUCAUAGCUUAAAUAACAGUGAACUGAAUCCAUUGCUACGCGAACUUUUCGAUCUCUCGCAAACAUAA